AUGCAAUCAGCUGUCGAAAAGCUUCGUAAAUAUCGUGAUGAAAAUUAUCGUUCAUAUGAUGAAAUAAUUGAAUUAUGGACACAAAUUUUAUCUAAACGUAAUUUAUCAUCAUUAGGCGACGAAAAAUGGUUAAUACUUGAGCAAGUAUUUAAAUCAGCUUUACAUUGUUCAAAAUUAUCCAUUGCUCGUCAAUGUCUUGAACAAUUAGAAAAACAAUUUAAAACAACAAGUCGUCGUGUAGCAACAUUAAAUGGAAUGUAUUAUGAAUCGAUUGGAGAAUUUGGAAGAGCUGAAGAAAUUUAUUCAACAUUAUUAGAAGAUAAUGAAACAGAUGCUAUUGUACGUAAAAGACAAAUAAGUCUUUUAAAAGAACAAAAUCAAAUACGUGAAGCUAUUAGUGAAUUAAAUUCAUAUUUAGAUCUUUAUCAAGCUGAUCAAGAAGCAUGGAGUGAAUUAUGUGAUCUUUAUUUAUCUGAACAUGAUUAUACAAAAGCUGCAUUUUGUGCUGAAGAACUUCUUUUAAUAAAUCCUCAUAAUCAUUUAAAUCAUGAACGUUAUGCAUCUAUUCGUUAUUCUCAAGGUGAUUAUGAUAAAGCACGUACUUAUUAUUUUAGUGCAUUAAAAAUAAAUCCAAUAAAUAUUCGUGCUUUAUAUGGAGUUAUUUUAACAUCAACAAAUCUUGCUAUUAAAACAUCAUCAACAAAUCCUAAAGCACAAAAUUCAAAUGAAAGCAAUAAUUUAUUUAUUGAACAAAUUCAAUGGGCACGUGAACAAAUUAUACAAAAAUAUAAAGAAACUAUUCCGGAUCUUCUACCUAUUAUUGAAUCAGCAUUACAAAGUUUAACAUUAUAA